CCUGUGCUGUGCGCGAUUGUAUAUCGCCCUCCGAAGUUCAAUAAGGAUUUUAUAACUGACUUUGCGGAUUUUCUGGCGGUGAUUGUGUUAAAAUAUGAUCGUCUUCUUAUUGUUGGUGAUUUUAAUAUUCACGUAUGCUGUGGAAACAAUCCUUUGGCCAAAGAUUUUAUGAAUCUAAUUGAUUCAUUCAACCUUUACCAGUUAGUGACUGGACCGACACACGAAAAAGGUCACACAUUGGACCUUGUACUUACUCACGGUGUCUGUGUCCAUAUUAAGGAAAUCUGUAACACCGGUAUAUCCGAUCACCUGCCUGUUCUGUUUACUGCUACCAUCCCCUGCUCUAGGAUCGCAGCUUGUCAUCCUACUCGUCUUCAGCGUGUGAUCAACCCGUCAACUACGCUGCAGUUUGAAAAUGCUUUUAAAGAAUCUAAACUUUGUAACUGGGAUGGUGGCUGUGGUCUCAGUGCUGAUGAGCUAAUUUCCUCCUUUGGCUCCACCUGCACUGACAUCCUGGACUCUGUUGCUCCUUUUAAAAUUAAACUUAUAAAGCCAUCCUCAGAACCAUGGCUAAAUAACACAACCCGCUCUCUUAGGCGCACUUGUAGACAAGCUGAAAGGAAGUGGAAAAAAGACCAGCUCCAGGUCUCCCUAGAAAUUCUUCGAGACUGCCUUGCAAGCUAUCAGAGAGCUGUAAAAAUCGCUAAAACUACAUUCAUAUCCAACAUCGUCUCCAACAAUAAUCAUAGGCCCCAGGUUCUCUUCAAAAAUCUUAACUCACUUAUAAAUCCUAGCAAUGCAGCUCAAAUUGUGCCCACACUUACAUUAUGCGAAGAUUUUAAAACAUUUUUUAUUGGUAAGAUUUCUAUGCUUAGAUCUUUACCAACCUCCUCUGCCA